AUGGAGUUGAGCAGCGACAAGUUUUCUGUAGAAGAGACAAAACUCAAUAUCCUCAUCAACAAUGCUGGCUUCAUGGUGUGUCUGUACGAGAAAACAGGUGAUGGAUUUGAAAUGCAGAUUGGUGUCAACCACAUGGGUCACUUCCUGUUGACCCACUUAUUGAUUGACCUGAUCAAAAGGUCCAUCAAUGUAUCCUCUUUGGCUCAUUUCUGGGGUACCAUUAACCUGGAUGACAUCAACAGUGAGAAGGGCUAUGACAAGAAGAAUGCGUACAGCCAGAGCAAGCUGGCUAACAUCCUCUUCACCAGCUCCCUGGCCAAGAGUCUACAAGGUUCGGCUGUGACAGCGUACUCCCUCCACCCUGGCAUAGUUCAGACUGAUCUGCACCUGAACACACCUCAGGCAUCUAUCAUGAAGAUGAUCAGUCCCUUCACCAAGACAUCCGUCCAGGGAGCUCAGACCACUAUCUACUGUGCUGUGGCCCCUGAACUGGAAACAGAGAGUGGUAGAUAUUACAGGUGA